GCCGCGCUAGAGUUUACCUUAUUAUCAUACAAGAUAUUCACGCUGGAGGGAGCCACAGGCCUACACCAAUUCAUAAUACCUGUAAUUUUAUAGGAUCUUGUAUAUGCUAGCGCGUGCUAUCUUCAGCAUUUAGCAGCAUGGUGCAGUACUAAUCCGGGAACAACCAGAUUAUAAUCAACAGAAAUUGAAUUUCAACAUGCCGGAUCUAUUCGAAAUAAUCGUAGGGACAUACGAACAGUAUUUACUCGGUUAUAAAAUAAGUAAUACUGAUAACGAAUACAACAUGGUAAAAAGUUUCGCAACACAUAGCCAUGUCAGUAGCAUACGUAGCGUUGCGAGUAACAAAAAUAUUUUAGCAUCUGGUGGAGCUGAUGAUUCUGUUUAUUUAUACGAUUUACAUAACAGAGUAGAAUUUGGUAGAUUAAUGCACCAUAAUGAUACCGUCAAUUGCAUUGCGUUUACCCCUGAUGGAUCUCAUCUGUUUUCGUGCAGUAGCGAUGGAACUAUAGCUGCAAUUCGAUGUGGAAAUUGGCAAACAGAAAAACAUUGGCAAAAAUCGCAUAAAGGUUCAGCUGUUAAUACUUUGGCUAUUCACCCAACAGGAAAAAUAGCACUGUCUACUGGAGCAGAUGGAAUUCUGCGAACUUGGAAUCUAGUUAAAGGAAGGCAAGCAUAUGCCACAAAUCUAGUCCCAAGAUUGAGAUCAGAUGGUAGAAAUGUAAACAUUCUUAAAUGGAGUCCUAAUGGCGAAAAGUAUUUAUUAGCUGUAAAUCAGAGAAUAGAUGUAUAUUCUGUAAAAUCAGCGGGGAUCGAUAAUGAAAUAAAAUUCGACUCAAAAAUUAUUUGCGUAGAAUUUUUGAAUGAUGAUUUAAUUGCCGCUGGUUUAGAAAAUGGUCAAAUCAAGUUUUAUGAUCUUGAAAAAUCUGUGGAAAUUGUAGAAGUAGUUGCACAUGAUAAACGAGUGAAAUGUAUGGCUUUUAAAGAUAAUUUAUUAGUUACAGCUUCGAGUAAUGGGGAAAUUAAACUAUGGAGGUAUCGCAGACGUAGAUUGGAUAUGUUACAAAAAGUUAAUUGCGAUGUUAGAAUUACCUGUUUAUCUCUUGCAAUGUUGUGUUAGAAUUAGUUUUUAGCACUAAACCUACCGACACUUUGUGUAUAGCUAUUCCUACCGUGUCCGGUCAAAGUGUUUAUGAAAAGUCAGAAAUUAUGAAGCGAUAUGAUAGCGUUUAAAGACACUUAAAUUUGUGUAGAUGUUUGAGAACGGUCAAUUUGACCAGCAGGGGUAGGUUUAGUGUUAAGUUAAAUAUACUAUAAGAGGCGAUAUUUUCUAUUAGAGAACAACAUCCACUUUUAUGGACGUUAUUCCAAUAUAAUGUUUCUGAAUUCAUUUCACUGAUAUUCUAUUUUGA